CUGACUGUUUGACGGCAGUCCCACAGCUGUAAAAGUUAGUUGGAGGGUGAGAAAGAAAUAAACAUUUAAUAAUCUCAGAGAAGAAGAGGGCUGGCGGUGAUUUGAAGCGGCAUGUCUGAAUAUCCGCCCUUCCAGUAUGGCAAGUCUCGUUUCGACCAGAACACGUUUUUUGGCCGGUUCAGGCACUUCUUGGACGUGAUUGACCCCAGCACGCUCUUUGUGACAGAGAAACGGCUGUGGGAGUGCGUCGAGCUGCUUGACCAUUUCAAGCAAGGAACUCUGCCUCUGGGAGUGACGGAUGCUCAGCUUUGGCAAGCCCAGAAAAUAAAGCAGGCCAUCAUCCACCCCGACACAGGGGAGAAGAUCCUCAUGCCUUUUCGGAUGUCAGGUUUUAUCCCGUUUGGCACACCAGUGGUUGUUGGCCUCCUUCUCCCUAAUCAAACACUUGCAUCUACCGUCUUCUGGCAGUGGUUGAACCAAAGUCACAAUGCCUGUGUUAACUACAGCAACCGCAAUGCCUCCAAGCCAGCUCCAGCUUCCAAGUUCCUGCUGGGAUACCUUGGGGCGGUUACCAGUGCAGUGUCCAUUGCUGUUGGGUUAAACGUUUUAAUCCAGAGAGCGAGCCGCUUCAGCCCAACCACCAGGCUUUUGGUGCAGAGGUUCAUCCCCUUCCCAGCAGUGGCGAGUGCAAAUGUCUGCAACGUGGUGCUCAUGAGACACUCUGAGCUGUCAGAGGGCAUCAGCGUGCUCGACAACAACGGCAACGUAGUGGGAACAUCAAGAGUAGCUGCCAGGCAUGCUCUCUUGGAGACGGCCCUGACCAGAGUAGUCAUGCCCAUGCCAAUCCUGGUGCUUCCUCCCCUGAUCAUGUCUGCACUGGAAAAGCUCCCUCUCCUGCAGAGACAAAAGAGGCUCGUCCUGCCUGUCCACAGUCUCGUGUGUCUCGCUGCCUUCAGCCUGGCUCUGCCGCUUGCCAUCAGUUUGUUUCCACAGAUGUCGCAGAUCAGUGUAGAUCAGCUGGAGCCAGAGAUCGCCAUGGCAACUGACUGUAAGAUUGUGACAUACAAUAAAGGACUUUGAGUGAUCGCUACCAAAACUGAAAUGUGAAGAAAGUACGCUCGAGCCGCCCUGACGCUGCCAGGGAAUUAAUUGUGUCAAAUUUGGCUGCUGCUGCAGUGGCUUUAGCACACGUUUGGACAACAACAGCUGAUACGAAGAAUCAGCAGCAACAGUGAUAAGAAAAUAUGUAUCACAACACGAGGAGACAAAGCCAAACAAGUGCAUUUUGAGGGUAACAGCCCAGUUAGGCUGAUUAAUUAGGUUAACAAAACCCAUAAGCUUGCUUGGUUCCUUGAGGCUUUUUCCACAACGAGCAGACCGCUAACCAUAGAUCAAAGAUGGGCAAAUUAAAAUGUCUGGACAAAUAAAUGUGUAAACUGUGAAUGAAAUGAAGAUACAAAUGCUUCCCGCCUUUUUUGUUUUGUUUUUGACCCUUCAAUAUGAGUCAGUACCUUCCUGUGACCCAAGGCGAUGUAUGUCUAUAACCUGGAAGUAUUUCAAUCAACGUGGAAAUAAGAAAGCAGCCAAGAUCAAUCUUUUUGAAUCUGAAUGAUUAUUUUUGCUCUCUUGGGGUGCUGUGACUCACGUUCGCAACUACUGAUUUAUGUAUUUUUAAAGUAGCUUUGCUGUGAAUUGCGUUUCUCUGGUGUCUGCACAACAAAUAUAUACACAGCCUGAUUGUGUUUGUUUAAGUUUCCUUGCAUCUCAAUGAGCCAAGUCUUCCCUGUGACCACUAUCAGCUUUAAAUUCCUCCAGUGAAAGAGUGACUCAGUUUCUAAUGAAAAAGUUGCAGUUUUGGUUCAGAGUGAAAGCCAGAACAUUAUAAUUAAGCAAAUAUUGCAAAAGCAUAAAUAAAUACACAAUUGUGACAU